AUGAGCGGCUCGUGUGACCGGAAAAUGGAUUCGAAAUUCAAAAAUUUCACAUUGCAAGACUGCGAGAAGACAAAUCUGACGACGCCAUUUUCGAUAAAUGACAUCUUGACGAAAGAAAACGAAUCGAAAUGCGAAUUCGAGAAUGGUUUUCGCGCUGAGAGUUACGUGAGGGCGACGAAGCCCUCGUGUUAUACUACUAAAGAAGGGUUUUCUAUGAAGAAGGAAAUUGAUAAAGGCUUGAAGUACUAUGAUGACUGUCACGUCUUCAGAGAUUACACGGACGACGGAGCUUUGGACAUGACCAGGAAGAACCAAUACCCGGUCACAGAACUAUCAGAUGACUACGAUUCGCGUUCUUCAAACACCGGAUCUCCGUUACGUAGGGCAAACUCAUCGCCCAGCUCAGACAUUGCCUAUAAGCCAUUCUCUAUGCACUACGAGAGGAAGUGCUCAACGCCUCCCCCUUCCGGGUACGGCAUGAACGAAUACACACAGAACGCGGGACGUAAGAAGCGUUCAAGGGCCGCCUUCUCGCAUGGUCAAGUUUACGAGCUCGAGAGGCGGUUCAGCCAGCAGAGGUACCUGUCGGGGCCCGAACGCGCAGACCUGGCCGUCAGCCUCAAGCUAACAGAGACGCAGGUCAAAAUCUGGUUCCAGAACAGAAGGUACAAGACGAAGAGAAAGCAGCUGCAGAUGCAGGAAAACGGCAUGCUGGCGGCGGCCGCGGCAGCUGCUAAUCACGCCAGGAAAGUGGCCGUCAAAGUGUUGGUCAACAACAACGGCCAGCCAAGUCUACCGGAUCUCAAAUACCACGCGCCAAUGUUGGGCAAAACCUUGAACCCCUUAUUCGCGCCUCCGCUAUUAGAGGGAUCCCCGAUUUGGAAGCAUUUCGCGGGCAUGUACGGAGUCGACUUCGCCAAGAACCCGGAAUACAAAGCCCUUCUCCAGGAGUCGUACAAUCAGGCGGUACUACAGUCCCUGUAUGGGCCUCAUUUGGGUAUGAACUACCCGAAUUUGCCGCUCUCGUACAUGUAUUACCCGGGACAUGCAGGGUUCGGGGUGCCCCCGUGCGAAGUCGAGAGGUCGCAGCCGGAUAGGACUGAGAGCGGUUGUGGAUCAGAGAAGGGGAAAGAGAAAGCCAUAGAAACUCAAUCCGCCGUUCAACUAAACGAGCACAGCAAUGAUAGCAUCGCUAGUAAUAUCGAAAUAGAAAAUUAA